GCAGGGCCAUUCAUUUUUUUUGUAACUGGUAUUACAUGUUAUCACAGUCGCCGUAACUCCGGUUGUAGCAUUUUCCGAUAUGCUACUUGUUAAACCCUACCGGAGAGCCCUCCAUAGCUCAACUCGGCAAGUUCAAUCCAAAACCAUAGACUCAUCACCUUCUUCCUCCAGCACCCUUUUUGUCGACAGGGCUGUAUCCAUUCUUAAAGGCUACGACCCAAUAUCCUUGGACUCCAUUUCUUCCCAAUUCACCCCUCAAUAUGCUUCUUCCGUGCUUUUCCAAUGCCGAUUCGAUAAACCCCUUGUUCUAAGAUUCAUCAACUGGGCGCGCAACCGCCAAUUCUUCAAUCUUCAAUGCAAGUGCAUUUCCAUUCAUAUCCUCACUCGUUUCAAGCUCUACAAGACUGCCCAAUCCCUUGCGGAGGAUGUUGCUUUGAAAUUCGGAGAUAACAAGGGUGAAUUGGUCUUUUCAUGUCUCAGGGACACUUACCAUUCUUGCAAGUCCAGCUCUGCUGUGUUCGAUUUGAUGGUAAAAUCCUACUCUCAUUUGAAAAUGAUUGACAGAGCUAUGAAUAUCUUUGAAUUAGCCAAGUUUAAUGGGUUUAUGCUCACUGUUUUGUCCUAUAAUUCCAUUCUUGAUGCGUUGAUCAGGGUUUCAUGUAAUGGGUCUUUCGAAUUAGCUCAAAAGUUUUAUGAUGAUAUGGUUCAAUCUGGGGUUUCACCUAAUGUAUAUACUUAUAAUAUUAUGAUCCGAGGCCUUUGUGCAAAAGGGGAUCUGCAAAAGGGUUUGGUUGUUUUCAAUGAAAUGGAGAAAACUGGCUGCUUGCGAAAUGUUGUAACCUAUAACACCAUAAUAGGUGGCUAUUGUAAGAUAGGUAAGGUUGAUGAGGCAGUCGAAUUGUUGAAGCUAAUGCAAGUGAGGAACUUGGAACCAAGUGUGGUCACAUAUAAUGCUAUUAUUAAUGGGUUGUGUCGAGAAGGAAGAAUGAAAGAGACGAGUGAGAUUUUGGAAGAGAUGAGUGGAAAGGGAUUAAUGCCUGAUGGAGUAACCUAUAACACACUGGUAAAUGGCUAUUGUAGAGAGGGUAACUUUCACCAAGCACUUGUUUUGCACUCGGAAAUGUUAAGGAAUGGGCUGUCUCCAGAUGUUGUGACUUAUACUUCUUUGAUAAAUAGCAUGUGCAAGACUGGGAAUUUGCACCGUGCAAUGGAAUUCUUUGAUCAACUGCAUGCUAGGGGAUUAUAUCCCAACGAUAGAACUUACACAACAUUGAUUGUUGGUUUUUCUCAGCAGGGUCUUAUGAAUGAGGCUUAUAAGCUUUUGAAUGAAAUGAUUUCAAAUGGCCUUUCCCCUUCAAUUGUAACUUACAAUGCGUUAAUUAAUGGGCAUUGUGCAGUGGGCAGGAUGGAGGAUGCUUUACGCGUGACUCAAGAGAUGGAACAGAGAAGGCUGGUCCCAGAUGUUGUAACUUAUAGUACAAUAAUAUCUGGGUUCUGUAGAAACUGUGGGUUGGAAAGAGCAUUCUGUGUUAAGCAGCUGAUGGUUGAAAAAGGGGUCUUACCUGAUGUUAUUACUUAUUCAUCCCUAAUUCAAGGUCUUUGUGAGCAGCAAAGACUGACUGAAGCUUGUGAACUUUUCCAAGAGAUGUUGAGAGUAGGUCUGCAACCAGAUAAGUUUACAUAUACUACACUUAUUGGUGCAUACUGUGCAAAUGGGGAUAUUAAAGGUGCUUUUCACCUGCAUAACAAAAUGAUCUCUAAGGGUUUCUUUCCUGAUGUCGUCACUUACAAUGUCCUAAUCAAUGGGCUUAACAAACAAGCUCGCACUAGGGAAGCAAAGCGGCUUCUGUUCAAGUUGUUGUAUGAGCAAUCAGUGCCAAAUAGUGUCACUUAUGACAUGCUAAUAGAAAGUUGCAAAGAUCUUGAAUUGAAGAGUGCGGUAGAUCUUAUUAAAGGAUUCUGCAUGAAAGGUUUGUUGAAUGAAGCUGACCAAGUUUUUGAGUUGAUGCUGCAAAAACACAAGAAGCCGAGUGAAGUAGCUUAUAAUCUACUUAUACACGGUCAUUCCAGGGGUGGGAAUUUGCAUAGAGCCUUGAAUCUUUUCAGAGAAAUGGCUAAUCUUGGAUUUAUUCCUCAUACAGUAAGUAUUAUUGUGCUCAUGAAAGAACUUUUUAAAGAAGGAAUGAGUGAGGAAUUACAUCAAGUAAUUCAAAGCACAUUGGAAACCUGUAAACUUGCUGAUGGUGAGCUAGCAAAAGUCAUUGUUGAGGUGAACUACAAGGAAGGGAACAUGGAUGCAGUAUUCAAUGCACUUACUGAAAUGGCCAAGGAUGGCCUUCUUCCAAAUAGUGGGAAAACCGCAUUUUGUCACAUGCCAGAAUAAAGUACUUAUCAUCUUAAAAUAAUCACACCAACUUUUCCCAUGCAUGAGGUAGAAUGCAUCAAGCAAGCAGGAAACUGGGUUGCAACAAAUUGUUUCCCCUCAUUUAGGUUUCUCAUGCCAUUGUGAAUGUGGGAGAGCUGGUUUACUCCGAUGAGCGACAUUCUUUCGAGAGGGUUAAAUUCCCACUUUGCUUGAAAAUUGUAGAAGCUAUAUAAGUAGGGUGCUAACUUGAAAAGGUGAAACAAGACGAAGAGAAGGAAGUGAGUUUCAUUCAAGAAAGUGUGAAAACUCCAGCUUAAGGAGCUUUUCUGUUCAAGAACAUUGUAUGUACCAUUGAUGAAGUCUGUUAAUGGAUGGCCAUGGCUGUUUCGAGAGUAGGAUUUGAUUUACAGUGUCUUGCUUUCAGAUCAGCUAUCACUUAGUCUCUGUACUUCUGGACUAACUUUUUCCAUUCUAAUACCAAAUGUAAUAAUCCUAGUUGCUACUUCUGGACUAACUUUUUCCAUUCUAAUACCAAAUGUAAUAAUCCAAGUCUAGCAGCUAGUCUCAGAACUUUAUGAUUUUGUAACUUCUAUCAAAAGAACUUGAAGGUCAAAGUCUAUCAGCCCAGAAUUGCCAGUUAGAGAUAAUACAAGAUGUUGAGGCAAUAUCUCUUGCAACAAAUGAACAUCCAGUAGCACUGCUUGCAGAACACACAAAAAAACUCUUGCAAAGAGAUAAUACUAUUUACAUGCGUAUCUUAUCUCAAAGGCCAAAUGCUGCUGCUGUUUCUGCAUCCAUACUUCACAAGCUUUAUGGCAUCAAAUUGAUUUUGAGAGCAAAGCGAAUUAGGUUAGCAGCGGCACAUUCAACCUGAUUCGAACUGGAAUCAUUCAGAACCAGAUUUUAUGGGUAAAAAGGGGCCAUGUUUCCAUUGUGGCGUCAAACAAACCAUUCUUUGGAGAAAUGGGCCACCUGAAAAACCAGUGCUCUGCAAUGCAUGUGGAUCAAGAUGGCGGGUUAGGAGGACACUAGAUGGCUAUAUUCCCAGACAUGGAAACAUAGAAAUAGAGAGCUAUCAGCGACCUUCUGACAUGAAGCCGGCUCGUGACGAAAAAAAGCUAGAAGGUGGAAUAGAGGUUUCUGGACAGGAUGGCUUGAAAGCUUGUCUUGAAGAGGAAAUGAAUAACAUAUCAAGCUUAGGUUCAGCAGGGUCAUCCUCAGACAACUGCAUGCAGAUGGAAGAAACAAAUGCAUACAAAAAUCCUCUCUGGAAUCCUGACAGUGUCCCAAGAAGAAAGAGAUCAGAGCGUUGAAAACACAUUUUGUCACCUGUUGAAAGACUCCAGAGGCAACUUCAUAACAUUCUACAGGAGCCAGACUUUGAAAAUAUCUCUGCCGAUGAUGAAAAUAUUCUAAUUUAUGCAAGGAACAAAUACAUUCCACCUAAUGAGAUUGGUCUUGGAGCUAAGCUGCUUGUAUCACCACCUACUGCUACAGAACACUUGACAUCUCUGUCUCCAAUGGCAGAAGAUAAUGAUGCCUCUUGCUCAGUGAAUGUUCCUGUAGGAAAUUCCAAUUCCAAUUUGUAAGUGAACUUUGAGAUGCAUGCACAAGGUUCAAGCUGGUAUGUGAGCCAACUCUUACUAUCUAGCUAGUACAAUGUUUGUUAAAGCCAUUUGAGCUGUUCCAACCUUACUAGAUGUCCCCAACGGCAACGCUCAACAACUUGUGUGUUUUGAGACCAUAUAGUUUGCCAAUAGUGCAUUUAUUUUGGAGAUUUAUAAUUCUGCUGUUUUAUUGGAUGGGAUUUCAAUGAAUUAGAUAUGUCUAUUCUGCUUUUUGGGUGCAUUUAAUAUGUCAAUUCCGAUGCUGGUCAUAGUGUGCUUGCCUACAAGUUUGUUAGUGUAAAUAAAUGAAUUUUGGGCCUAAAUCAACCCCAUGGGCUAGCUUAUGAGGGUAGGAUUGCUCAAGUCCAUAUAAGAAAUUCAUAAUUCCCUCAUCGCACUUAUGUGGGACUUAACACCCCGCCUCACGCCCAAGACUGGACAUCUAGUCUGUGGAUUAUUUAAUAUGGGGCGCCCAACAUCGGUAAAUCAUAAAUUGGGAUGAGUUUGACUCUGACACCAUGUAAAGAAAUCAAUUUUAGGCCUAACUCUACCCCAAAAGUUAGCUUAUGAUAGGAGGAUUGCCCAAGUCCAUAUUAGGAGUCCAUAAUUUCCUCAUCCCAUGAUGUGGGACUUAAAAAGCCCAAUAUCCAUUAUUUACCGUUUGUUUGCAUGGACUCCACAUUACAUAGAUACUACAUCAAGGGUAUGUUGUUAAAUUGUUCUCUAAAAUGCUUCUGCAAUUGCAUCUUC